GACAAUGUUCUUUCAAACUCCGAGUGGGGGACCCGGUUAAGGUGACAGACAAUUCCCAGUGGUCAACCGGCCUGACCUCUAUUCCGCCUCUAGCCCGCCUUCUGUCUUUCACCACCAUGUCGUCGUCUUGCUCUACGACACAGAAUGGCUCCCGUUCCCCCUCCCCCCAUACCCCAGAUUCUUCUGAUUCCCUGGAACACGUCGCCCAUCAUGAGCUCGGUCUUUCUCCCUGGUACAAUGCCGAGCACGACAAGUCUGCAUAUCUCCAGUCUUUUUGGGAGACAGAUCCUAUCUUUCAGAGCCAACCCAAGUGUGAGGAUGACAAUAUGCUGCAGCUCGAUGACCUCAUUGAAAGCCACGCUUACGACGACUCUCCGGCUCUCAGUCUUGAGUCACCUUUUUCGGUCAUCUCACCUACUGUCGUCGAACGCCCUGCGCCUUUCCCAGUCCAGACUGUUCAUGCAACUCCAUCUGCUCUUGCAAUGCCCAACAACCCCAUCUCUGUGACGAAACCCAUUCCUCCCCCAGCUUCUGUACGUCGGCGGCAGGAUUUUCUGUUAAUGAACUACAAAGUCGUCCAUCCUCCAAGGGAAUCUUGUGUCAAGUACGUUCUGUUACCCCUCGAGCCAUUUCCCCCCAGUCUUAUCUGUCUCAGUCUCCCUAUCAUGUUUCCUAGUAUACCGGAGGGCGGAACUAAGUCUCGCGUCGAAACUCAAGUCCGAGUUACAGUGGACUUGGCCGAUCCAAGUUCUUCUUCGGACCCAUACAAAUACGAUCGCGUUGGCUCGUGGAAGUGGUUAAAAUUACCUCAAGGAACAGCAACUAAGAGGCGGACGCGAAAACAGGGGAAAAUAGAUCCCGACCCGCAAGAUAUACUCCAUCUCGGCGUCAGUUUGUCGUGCUCGUGAGGCCAAACGAGUUGCAAAAAAACUGGCUGCGCGAGUACGCCCUGCACGAUCCGAUUCUGACUCCGGUGAAAGUCCCAACAAUCCCCCUACCAAGAACGGACAACGCGAGGAUACUAGCAGCA